CCCCCCCCUCUCUCUCUCUCUCUCUCUCAGCUCUGCUUGGGAUCCUGUACGAGGAUAAGGAGAGACAGGACUUUGUCUUCACCGUCUAUCACUGGUGGCAGGCCAUGGCCAUCUUUGUGGUGUACCUGUGGGCUGGGCUGCCAAUGAAGGCUAAGCUGUCCAUCAUGCUGGUUACCAUAGUCUCCGCCUCCUUCUCCUAUUGGUGGAUGGAGCGCCGCCUGUCACUGAAGGAGCCCUAUCGCCUCCCCCGCAUCCCCCGACCCCGGCACAAGGUGAAGGGGUAUCGCUACUUGGAAGAGGAGAACUCUGACGAGUCCGACUGCGAGGGGAAGAGGGAGGAGGAGGAGGAGGGGGAGGGGGAAGGGGAGGAAGGGCAACAAGACUACGAGCAAGCGCUGGAGAGAGAGAACAACUGAGAGAGAGAGAGAGAGACAGAGAGAGAGAAAGAGAGAAAAAUAUGCUUGAUGGGUGAUGUUCUGUAAUUAAAAGCAGUUUGCUAAGCCUCUUUCAGUA